UAUGGGCUUUAAAAGUCUAAAAGUUCAUCUCCAUCUCCACAGAGUUCUUAGUCUUAGAUCAGUUAUGUAUUAAAGGAGUGCAGCAUGGUAGUCUAAGAAGAAGCCACACAGAAGCUACUGAGUACUAACUACCAACUCCAUGCCAAGCCAUCUUCCAGCUAGCCAGAAAGCCAACCUCCAACGUCUCCUUUGCAGUUAAAAACCCUUCAAAGGCUCCUUUGCAUCGAAUCCAACAAGCCCAUCUUUUCUCUCUCCCUCUCUGUGCAUCAAGAUGGCAAACCAUCACAGAAUUGACGGAGAAGACCCAGAAGCUUUGUUCAGUAGUUACCCAUGUGCAGUUUACUACGUCCAGAGUCCAUCAAGUGUCUCUCACGCCAACAGCAGUGAAUGCCGGAACCCUGAGUCUGCAUUUCUUUCUCCAUUUCGAUCGGAAAGCUUCAUUACCAACCCCACAAACACAAACCAAGAAGUCGCUCGAUUUACGCUCUCUCGCUACUCGUCUUCUCGUGGCUCUACCAAUUCCUUCCUCCAUGAGAAGAAGAUGGCCUAUGACCUUCAGAGUCAUGAAACUGGCACAGAGAAUGGCGAGACCCGUCCAAUUAUUUGUGCUGAUGGAGUGGAAGAUGACGAUAGGAACCGUGAUUAUUUUGGUCACCAGGACAAAAGGAAACGUGGGUGUUGGAAGUACUUCUCUUUUAGUACUUCUUCUUCCUGUGCUUGGAUUGCUAUUCAGAUCAGCUGGAGGAUUUUGGUGAGCUUCGGAGCUGCAUUGCUUGUUUUCUUCAUAGCAACUAAGCCUUCUCCGCCAAAAAUGUCUGUCAAGAUGGCGGGGAUUCGCCAGUUUGGACUAGGAGAAGGAGUUGAUAACUCGGGUGUUACAACCAAGAUCCUCACCUGCAACUGUUCGAUGGAUCUAAGCAUCGACAACAGAUCUAAGCUAUUCAGACUUCACAUUCGCCCUCCGACCAUGGAAAUGUCAUUUGGCCACCUUCUCAUUGCAAGUUCAGAGGGUCCAAAAUUAUAUGCUGAGACAGAUGCUUCCACAACGUUCCAACUGUAUGUGGGAACAAAGAACAAGGCGAUGUAUGGAGCUGGGCGUAGCAUGCAGGACAUGCUUGAAUCAGGAAAGGGACUGCCGCUGCUCAUCACCAUGAGGCUCUCUUCAAGUUUCCAAGUCGUUUGGAACCUCAUUAGGCCCACCUUCCAUCACCAUGCUGAGUGCCUGCUAUUCCUAGAUGGUGCAUACGAUACCCUACACCACACCCAAGCGUACAAUAGCAGCUGCAGUAUCACUUCUUAUUCAUGAUUCUUGAUUUCUUCUUUUUUUCUUUUUCUCAACGAAUGAAACAUAUACACAUGAGAUGAAAAUUUCGAAAGCAAAAAAAAAUAAAAAAACAAGGCAUAUGAAUAUGUACUUCCAUUAUUUUACUAUAAGUUCUUUGAUAGAACUUAAAAAUCAAACUAUGAUCUUUUAAGGGCUAUAAGUUUUAGGAAAUUCAUCUACCUUCUCUCUCUAAAAAUUUCCCCUAUAACAGCAAUCUAGUGGUUAAAGACUUAAAAGGCCCCACCUUAUGUGAUGCAGCCCAUUUAUUUAUAAAGGUUAUAUGAAGUACCACUCAUUCAGAACUGUAGAUCCAAUUCAUGUUCAUAUAUGGAUCUGGUUUGUCUGCCCAUAUUUGCGAGUUCUCAUCUAGGGGUGUUAAUUGGAUUGGAUUUGGUCCAAUCUGAUGCAGUCUAAUGUAAGUCCA